AUGGCGACAAAAAUAUCACCUACACCGGUGAACGCCAUCAGCACAUAUAUCCAAACGGUGAAACCUAGAAGCUACCACAUAUUCCAGAAGGUCCCCAUAUUUGUUGCUUUGCGUGCUCUAAAAUGUACGUACCCUGCCUCCGCUUUCUCUCUUCAUUGCCAGCAUAAGAUCUUUGCUGUACACGUGCUUACUCCCCCAAGCUCCAAAAGAGAUCUUUCCAGCAAUUGGGCCAAGCUAUGCGGCUUUGGAAGCGGGGAUCCAGACUCUGGUCCAUUCGCAACAUGCACUGUUCCUGACCGUGAAUGGGUCUCAAACGUUCUGAACGGCUAUCUCAACGUUUCAGACGAGUGGAUCGUCCAUGACGAGGCUUUCACCUUCUCUUGGUCGUCCAGAGAGUGUCAGCAAUUUCUCGGCUCUGAUCAACCACGAUCCGAGCUUUCAGCUCCGAAAAGAGAAUCUUAUUUGAUGCUGCCUGCUAGGCAGGAUGAAGAAACUGGAUUCGCGUCUUUUAUUCUUGACACAGAGAACGAUGACCUUUCAACCAAGCUUGAAGCAUAUGCCAAGCGCAUGAUGCUGCCGAUGACAAGGUUUGAAGCCGGUCCCCCAGCGGGCAGAGAUUUCUAA